CUUCCGGGAAAUCUCGACCAAAGCGUAAUGACGUAAAAACAGUUUUGUAGCACGUGAACAGCAUGCCAGCCAAUGGGAUGCGGUGUUUAGUAUGUGGCCGAGACUCUUAAGUCAGCCGUUAUACUCCUUAUCAUAAGAAGACGCAGAUAAGGCAGCCAUGCAACCUAUGCAUAUGUAUAUGGUUCCCAAUCCAGGGAUACCAGGCUGUCCACCGGGAUUAGAGUACCUGACACAGGUAGAUCAACUUCUUAUCAAACAGAAAGUUGAGCUUAUUGAAGCUUUGGCAGGCUUUGAGAGCAACAAUAAAUAUGAUAUCCGUAACUCCAUGGGUCAGAACGUGUUUUACGCGGUGGAGGAGAACGACUGUCUCACCCGUCAGUGCUGCGGCCCGCUGCGAUCCUUCACCAUCCGUGUCCUCGAUAACAUCGGACAGGAGAUCAUCACCGUCAGCCGUCCUCUGAAAUGCAUGUCCUGCUUCUUCCCAUGUUGUCUGCAAGAGUUGGAGAUCCAGGCUCCUCCAGGGAACACAGUGGGAUAUGUUCUACAACAGUGGCACCCCUUCCUCCCCAAGUUCACCAUACAGAAUGAGCACAGAGAGCCGGUUCUUAAGCUCCAGGGGCCGUUCUGUGGCUGGAGCUGCCUGCCAGACGUGGACUUUGAGAUUCUUACCAUGGAUGAAGUCGGCAUCGGAAAGAUCAGCAAACAAUGGACAGGACUUCUCCGAGAGGUUUUCACAGAUUCAGACAACUUUGGGAUCCAGUUCCCCAUGGAUCUUGAUGUGCGAAUGAAGGCAGUGAUGAUCGGAGCCUGCUUUCUCAUUGACUUCAUGUUUUUUGAGACGAAUAACUAACUGCUAUGCAGAGGGUGUUGUAACGUCCAGCUCUGUGGAAACGGGUGAAAAGAAAAGAUGUUUGCCUUUGCACUUCAUACAUUUGUGAAUGCAUGUGAAUAUAAAGUCAGAAGUGUAGAGGAAUAACGGUGCUUUUAGAGACUGUGAAGUAGCUUCAGGUGUGUGUGAUAGAACUGGUUGUACCGAUUAAAGUGCAUUGUUUUAUAUUUUUAUCUACACGUAACAGAUUAAUAUAAAUAACUCAUGCCAUGAAUGGCAUUUAAAGGAAUAGCUCACCCCAAAAGAAAUAAAUCUGUCGCUAUUUACGCAUGUCCUGGCUGCUCCUUUUUACACCGUGAAAUUAAAAAUUUAAAAAAGGAAAAAAAAACUAUAAAAGAAGCCAUAUGACAGGUUUGUGUGAAAAACAGAUUUAAAAAGUGAACUGUUCCUUUAAGAGCUGUCAGUACGACUAUGCAUAUUGAAUUUUGCAGUCAUACCUGCACUGAAUGAUCAAUAUUCACCUUUACAACACAAAAUUAUUACAGUAUUUUCAACACUUUUUUUUGUUUUAUUGAUUAUUUCUGAGAAAUAUAAUUUGCAUGCUAAAAGAUGUUGCAAACAGUUAAACAGUUGGUCAAAAUGGUCCAAAAACCCUGUCAUGAACAUGUAGUAAUUUGUUAUUUAUUGUGUGACUUACUUUGCUUAUAUAUUGUUUUUUGAUUGAUUUGUAGUGUUGAUGAUAAGCUUAUAAAUAGGAAUAUGCUUUCUAAAGUGAAAGUUGUUUUACACUUGAGCUUUUAGCUUUUUUUUUUCUGUAGUACUCAAAUUCUCCAGAAGAGGGCAAUGCUGACCUUUGCUGUAAGUAUAUAAACUAAAACGUUAAUGUCUUAGGUCCUUUAGGUAAUAUAUUAAUUAUUAAAUGUUAAUGUUUGUUAUGACUCAGGUUUACAUAUCCUCAUCUUCAUAAUGCUUUAUGAAUGCCUGUUAUAGUAACAGAGAAUGUAUUUCUAGUAAGGCACUGUUCUUAUGUUUGUUUGUUUGUUUUGUUUAAAAUGUUAUGUCAUCUAGUACUAAACAUAAUUUUAUAAACUACA